AUGGUUGGAAAGAAAUCGGGCAAGGCCCUUCGAGAUGAAGGUCUGGAGCGGACGGACAAUAAUAUGGAUCUCUCCAGCUGGCCACAGGUGGCAGCAAUUAACCAAAAGAACUACUACACUGAUUACCUCAAGCGAGACGAUCAGUAUCUGGCAUUCAGAUUGCAAAACGAAGAAGCUAGAACCAAAAUGACCAAGUCCGCGAAAGACCGAGACCGCGCUCUCGCAAUGGCAAAAACCGAACCUGCAGAGGGAGAGGCGGAAGCAGAUGGCGAUGCCAAUAUGGAAGAUGCAGAGGAGACCCCAGCCGAGACAGUAGGCUCAAAGGUCAUUGUGAUCCAUGUUGGCAGCCAAAACCUACGAAUUGGAUUGUCGAGCGAUGCACUACCGAAAACAGUACCAAUGGUGAUUGCGAGAAAAGCGAAAACAAGCGAGAGCGAGGAUCAAGAGGAACCGAAUCCAAAGAGACAGAAACGUGAUGAUGGUACACCCGAAGAGCCUGAACAUCUUUUCGGAACAGAGUGGUCCUCUCAAUUUAACAAGAUGUCAGCCGAUCUCAAAGUCCACAUGCGUACAAACAAGCGUCGAAUGUUGCCCAACUCUAAGGAGAUGGUGGUCAACUUUAACCGACGUACAGUGCCGGAAACCAUCUCUGAGCAUAAUGAUCCAAUGCGCAUUGAGUGGACUGAACUUUCAACCCCUCCACCAGAGUAUAUUGUCGGACAGGCCGCAUUAAGGGUACCGGACUCAUCUAAGCCUCGAUACAAGCUUUACUGGCCUCUUCGAAAUGGCUCCUGCAACGAACGGGAUUAUGCCAGUAAGCGCAUGCUUUUCCUGGAUAUCUCCAUAAUUCUCGAGGAUGCCAUCAAGAAUCAACUCGGCUUGACUAGCAAGAAGGACUGGGCUCAGUACUCCUGUGUUUUUGUCAUUCCCGACUUGUAUGAAAAGUCAUAUGUCACCCAGAUUCUAGAGAUGUUGAUGCGCGAGUUUUCAUUUGCCCGAGUUUGCUUUAUCCAAGAGAGCCUGGCUGCAACUUUUGGCGCUGGCUUGACUUCCGCUUGUGUGGUCGACAUCGGAGCUCAGAAGACAUCAAUUUGUUGUGUAGAAGAAGGCAUGUGUGUGGAAAACUCGCGCGUAAACCUGAAAAUGGGAGGCCGCGACGUCACCGAAACAUUUAUCAAAAUGAUGCUGCAUGACCAUUUCCCUUAUGCCGACAUUGAUUUGUGGCGAAGAUACGACUUUCUGUUGGCAGAGGAUCUCAAAAGGACGAUCUGUACCAUGGCAGAGGCCAAUGUCUCUCCACAAGUUUUUGAUUUCCACCUCCGAGUGGCUGGUCAAGAUACUCAGAAACAUACUUUCAAGGCAUUCGAUGAGGUCCAUCUUGCCCCAAUGGGCUUUUUUGAGCCGACCAUCUUUGAUAACCCGCCGAAGCUUGAUGGGCGUCGCAAGCUGAUUGAACGCUCGGUUGACAUCUACGACGGUCAGACUAACGAUCCUCUCUCAACAGCACAAUCAGAAAUCUUGACAGCCCUUGCCCCUCCGCUCCCCAAGACCAAUGGAGAACUACAAUCAGCCCCAGCAGAUGCACAAGCAACCCAGAGCAAAGCCCAGCAAUCGGGUGCAUUAGGUCGAGUCCAGGACCAAGAAGCUACGCCUCAUUCUUCUGUGGCAGGCUCCCCAGCGCCAGAAACUACAGGGACACCACAGGCUGGUGGAGCUAAUACUUCUGCUGCCCCUGCAACAAGUACGCAGACUCCUCGCAUUGCCGUUGAAGAGCGUGACGACAUCCUGCCUGUUUUCCCUCUCGACAGUGCAAUCUUGACCUCGAUCGCUCAUGCAGCCCGCUCUGAUGAGAAGAAAAUGAGAGACUUUAUUGGUGGUAUCAUGGUUAUUGGUGGUGGUACCCUGACCAGUGGGUUUCACUUGUGCUUAGAAGAGCGCCUUCAAAGCCUCCGUCCCGGAUUCCUCAAGGAAAUCAUGAUUGGAGCUCCUCCCAGAGACCUGGACCCCCAGGUUGUUGUAUGGAAAGGUGCUAGCAUCUUUGGCAAACUAAGUGGAACGAAUGAUAGCUGGAUCGGAAAGCUUGAGUAUGACCGAUUAGGUCACCGGCUCAUGGCGUACAAGUGCAUGUGGGCAUAUUGA